AUGACGAAGGGUACCUCCUCGUUUGGUAAGAGACACAACAAGACGCACACCUUGUGCCGUCGUUGCGGUCGCCGAUCGCUUCACAUCCAGAAGCACACCUGCGCUUCCUGCGGUUACCCUGCGGCCAAGACCCGCAAGUACAACUGGUCCGAGAAGGCCAAGCGGAGAAAGACCGUUGGUACCGGCCGCAUGCGCUACCUCAAGGACGUCUCCCGCCGCUUCAAGAACGGCUUCCAGACCGGUGUCCCCAAGGGUUCCGCCGGCCCCACCGUCCAGCAGUCGUGA